AUGCAAACAGCAGAGAGUGUAUGUUUAUGGAAUUAUCAAUUUAAAAAUAAUUCACCACCCUCACCAAUUAAUAAUAUGUCAAUAAAAAAAACUUCUCCUGAUAAUACACCAUAUUUAACUUGUACAGAACGUUUAUCAUGUCAAAAUGAAAUGUCAUCGAAAGCAACAUUUUAUUGUGUACAAUGUGGUUCAUUACAAUGUAUUUUAUGUGAAAAAGAAAUUCAUGAAAAUUCAACGAAUGAUAAACAUGAACGAUUGAAUUUAGAUGAAAUUGACGAUGAAAUUUGUUCAGUUGAUCGACGACAUCAAGCUGUUUUUUAUUGUCGUACAUGUACAUUAGCAUUUUGUUAUAGUUGUUAUGAAAAUCAACAUCAACAUUCAGAUGGACGUGAACAUAAACCACAAAAAUAUCGAGAAGGACAAACAUUUAUAAAUAAAACGAAUAAUAAUCAACAACAAAUUGAAACACAACCGAUCAAAAUCGUUUCUUCUUCCAAUGUAAAUACGAAUAAUACAAAACCAUCAGCAUCGUCAUUUGAAGAUGUACGAGUCGAUGAUAGUGAUGAAAAUUGUACAACACCACCCAGUCGAAAAGAACACUCAAAAAAAUCAACUACUCGUCAAAAUAAUAUGAAGUCAAAUCAUGUACCAAAACGACAUAAUUUUAAUCAACAAAUGUUACUUGAAUCAAUGCUUGAUGACGGUGAAAAUGAACAAUCAGAUAAAAUUAAUAAUCGACUUUUACAACAGAAUCAUAUGGAUUCAAAUAGAGGUUUUCUACUUCUCGAUGCCAAUGAACAUUUAACUAUCAAUAAUGAAUCAGAAUUUUUACGUCGUUUAAAAUCUGACAAAGAUCUUUGUGUUAAAUGUGUAUCUGUUAUUGGUAAUACUGGUGAUGGAAAAUCUUAUACACUUAAUCAAGUAUUUUUUAAUGGUCAAGAAAUCUUCAAUACAUCAUCAACAGCUGAUUCAUGUACAAUGGGUGUAUGGUCAGCUCUUGAUGAUAAUCAUCGAACACUUGUACUUGAUACGGAAGGUCGUCUUGGUUUAUCGGAAAAUGAUAAUACACGUAAUAGAUUAUUACUUAAAAUUUUAUGUAUAAGUGAUAUUGUUAUAUAUCGUACACGCGCAUCAAAAUUACCAAAUGAUAUGUUUCAAUUUUUAUCGGAUGCAUCGAAUGCAUUUUUAAAAUAUUUUCGAAAAGAAUUAGAAAAUGUUAUGAAAAAUUGUAAAGCUGAUGGUCCCAUGUCAACUAUGGGACCAACAUUAAUUGUUUUUCAUGAAACACAACAUACAGGAAUAUUAAAAGAUCAUUUUCAAUGUCAAAAAACAGCUGUUGAACAAUUAAAAGAAAGAUUUGAAACAAUGAAUUUAUCUUAUGAUGCAUAUAGUUCAUUAGAAUAUGUUGGUAUUCAAACAACAGGAGAUAAACCAUCUGAUUUCAGUACAAUCAAAGCAACUAUUGCAGCAACAUUGAAUAACAAUAAUAUACGUUCCCGAAGACGUUUAUCUGUUAUUUUCAAAGCAUUAAAAGCAUUAAAUGAAAAAUUCAAUCAUGCUAUUCCUCCAUCAAUACCAUCGACAUUACCAGAUGAUUUUUUUGCAUGCUGUGUAAAAUGUCUUUCUUGUGGAACGAAAUGUACAAUGGUAGCAAAUCAUCAUAAAGAUCAUAUACCACAUGAAUGUGAUACACGAUGUUCAUAUUCGAAAGAAUUCGAUAAUGAAGUAUGGAAAUGUUUACAAUGUCAUCGUGAUGGACGUGAUGUAAUUGUUUAUGGGAAAUUAAUAACUAAAAAUGACGGUCUUGUUCAAGGAUUAUUAAAAUAUGUUUGGUCAGGAUGUGUUAUUGAAUGUCCAUAUCAUGGUGAAAUCUAUCGUUCAAGAAAGCAUUGGUAUGGAAAUAAUGAACCCAAAGAUGUAACACGUGUUGAAAUUAUUCAUGUCUGGCCAGAUGAUGACAAUAGUCGAUUAGCAAGUGAUGUUACACCAAGAAAAUUUAUGGAAUUAAUUGUUUAUGCAAGCAGUUAUUUAUCAGCACCGACUAAAAUGAUAACAGAAAUGGUUGCUGAUCAAGUAGCACCAUCGUAUUGGAUUCCAAAUAAAGAUGUUAUUGCUUGUUCAUCAUGUAAAUUACUUUUUGGUUCAGAAUUUUCUAAACAUCAUUGUCGAGCUUGUGGUCAUGUAUUUUGUGAUACAUGUACAACAUAUCGUCGUAUUGUUCCAUGGAUUGAUACAGAAAACACAGUACGUGUAUGCAAUAAUUGUAAUGAUAAUCCAAAACCUCGUGCACCAUCAUAUACAUUACCAUUAUCUGAAACAAAUAAACAAUUUAGUCAAAAAUCAUCUGAGAAUGGUAGUAGUGGUGAUUCAGGAAGUACGGUCUCAUCCGGUGAGCAUCUUAAUGAUUUAUGCUUAACUCCAACUGAUAUUUUUGAUAUCGAACAACCAAGUACAGGUCCAGUCAUAGUUGAUAUUCCAACAACAAGACGUGUUUAUGAAACAGUGAAAAAUGGAUUAGAAAAAAUAGGAGUUAAUUAUCCAAUAGAACUUAUUAAAGAAAGUACUCGACCAAGUUAUUGGAAACCGGAUAGUGAAUGUCAUGCUUGUUGUAUCUGUAAACGAACAUUUAAUAGUACAACAAACCGAUUACAUCAUUGUCGAAGUUGUGGUGAAGGUGUUUGUGAAAGUUGUUCACCAAUUCAACGUCCUGUACCAGAAAGAGAUUGGUUAACACCUAUGUUUAUGUAUAAUGGCUAUUCUUCAUAUGAUAGUGAAAUUCAACGACACAGUGUGUGCAAUUCAUCAUUAUCAUCAAAUGUACCAUUAUCAGUGGCUGAAAAAAUUGCUGAACCUUAUUUAACACAUGUAUCUGAAUUAAUUAUGAGUAAUCGACCAUUUCCAAUAGCGGUCGAUAAAGAUUUUAAAUGGGCACUUGAAAUAUUUGCAUUUGGUUUUACAAGUGAACAUAGUUCUAUUUAUCAAUUAUGUGCUAAUAUUUAUGUUGAAUGGCUUAAAGUAUUCGAAGGAACAUCUGUAAAUUCAAGUUCAAUCCCACCAAUAUUAAGAGAAAAAACAGAAUUUUAUUGGUCACAAAUGUUUUGGCAUUUGUAUCAUCUUUUUGUUAUACAUGACGAAAAAUCAGCUGAUUUAUUAACAAAACGUAUGUAUACACAUAAAGUUCUUCGUCAGUUACAAACAAUGAUUAGUCAAACAGAACUUAGCCUUGAUUUAUGGCAUAUACUUCUACAAGUAUUCUUAGCUAUUGGUGAUACUGUAUUAUCUCCAGCUUAUCGAACAAACGAAGAAGGUAGUGCUGUUAUGAGUCAUCGACUUGUUCCAUCGAUUUAUCAAGUAUUUAUGGUUGCUGUUGAUAAAGUACACAUUCCACCUGGUUUAUGGAGAACAUUUCGAGAUUAUGCAGUAACAUGGCGUCAUCGACCUGCUGUUGUCUAUGAUUGGGCGCAACUUACAUGUGUCCUUGCAUCGACUGUUGUGCAUAAAUUAUGGUGGCCAGACUUAGUUCCACUUCAAUAUGUUUGUACUGAAACUGAUCAAGGUGAAUAUGUGCAAAAGAUAAUCGAUUCUCUUUCAUUUAAUCUACUUGUUACAACAUGGAUCCAAUUUCUUACUAUUCUACAAAAUCCAUCGGAAUGUGGUGAUGUUUCGGUCUUUCUUCGUAUGCCAAAAUAUACAGGACAAUUACAAAUAAAUUCAAAUACAAAACUAAAAGAAUUAACAUCAUUACAAGAAUUACCACGAAUUUUCGUUAAUGUUACAAAAGCAAUUGGAAUGUUUGUUGAUAUAUGGUUAGGAAAGGAAAUCGAUCCAACUUGUUUAUAUAGUCCUAAGCCUACAACUAAUUCAACAGCAAUAAUGGCCGAUAAUUCAACAUCGAGUAAUAUUCCAUCAGCACAAUCACGUCCAUUCGCUCAAUCCAUGCGUGGAAAUCCACCUGUUUCACAACAACAACAAUCUUCAACAUUGAAACCUAAAUCACAGGCUGAUAAUCGAAAAGUAAGUGUUCCUCCUGGACAAAUACUUUCACCAACAGCACCACCAGUUAAUGCAACUUUAUUAUCCUCAAUUCCUCAACAGAAUCGCCCUGAACAAAUAUCAAAAAUUUUACGAACAAAUCGUCCAACUGUAAAUAGUUUAAUGCAUCUGUAUGGUCCAUGGAUAUUAGAUGCUUGUUUAUUACAAACGAAAGAUCGUCAUACACGUUCACCAACGAUAAUAAAUACGAAUGAUUCUUCUCGAAUGAAUGAAAUAGAUAAAACGUUAGAUAUACAGAAUGAACGUUUAAUGGAUGAAGCAUUUGCUAAAUCAUUUGCUACUAUAUGUACAAUAUUUGGUAGUGCACAAUGUGAUGAAUUUAUUCAUCCAGAAUAUUUAAGUCGAUUUUAUUAUGUUUUACAACAAGGUCUUCGAUUUUAUCAAGGAGAUGAACAACGUUCUUAUGCAAUAAUUGAAUCAAUUCUAUUAAAUAGUGCUGAUUUAUUUCGUAUUAAUUUACGUGGUAUUAAUAUAUUAUUACCAUUAUAUUUAGAUGCGAUAGAAUAUUAUUUACAAAAUGAUUUUCAAACAUAUAUUCAUAAUCAUUUUAAUACGAAAGGAAUAGUAAAUUCAUCAACAAUUCACGAUCGUUUUAUUCGUAUUCGUUCAAAAUGUAUUCAAAUACUUAUGUCAGUUGUUAGUUUACCAUUUCAUUAUGAAUAUCUUCAACAACAUUUAUUCGAAGACUAUUUGGAAAAAUCACAUGAUGUACAAGUAACAUUAAAAACAUUUUCACAAUAUCGUUCAAAAAUAUUUCCAUUAUUAUUAAUGGCUUUACAAACGGAACAAGAUACUACGAAUGCUCAAUUAUUAUUUGGUACAAUUCGUUUAGCUUGUUCAUUAGCAGCACAUUUUGAACGACAACAAGAACAAUCUGAAGAGAAAAUUCAAAAAGAUCCCACAUCCGAUUAUUUAAGUCAUGCUGUACUAUUAAUUUGCGAUAAAGGUACAAAUGAUUCACAAUUAUUUUUGGCUGCACUUGAUACACUUAUUUCGCUUGUAACUGAUCCUGUAUGUCAAUUACCAAUUGAAAUGUGGAAAAAAGUUUUGAAACGUUUAUGUACUUUUAUUGAUACACAAUUACAUCUUGGUCAUACACAUCAUACACGUGAAAUGCAUUCAACAUGUGUAGCAACAUAUAAUACAUUAAUAACAUUAAUUAUUGAACGACCAACAUUACUUGAUGAUCCAGAGAAUUUAUAUGAAUUAUGUGAAAUUAUUGAAUUAGGAAUAUCGGGUGAAAAAGCUCAAUCAUCAGAAAAAGUUGUUACUAAAAAAUAUAAAGAACAACAUCCAGCAUCGCAACGUGUUGCUGAAGCUGCUGAAUAUUUAAUGUGUGUUUUAUUUGAACAUAAAACUAUAAAUCGAAUAACAAAUAUGUCACAGCGUUCUGAAACAGGAGCAUGUUUACAUGUUGAACGAAACGGUGAUAUAAUAAAUGAAGAGGCUGUAUUACAUUUAAAAAAUGAUAUAUGUAGAAAUUGGUUAGAUGAAACAACAUUCGCAAAUCUAAUGACAUCAACACGUUUUAAAUAUUUUGCAGUUAAUGAAAAUACGCUAUUUGCAAUUAAUGAAUUACCAAUUAGUAUUAAUAAUGGUAUGCCGGCAAUUAUUCUUCUCUGUCGUGGAUUAUUCGGUAAAAAUGUUUGGACAUUAAAUUUUCGUCAUAAUCCUAUAAAUAAUUCAAUUGUACAACGAAAUAAAUCACAUGAACGAACUUUAAACGAAAGUGAUAAGAGUACGUCAUCAUCGGUAACGAAUUCAUCUAAUGAUCCAAAAGAAAAACAUCAUCUAUCACAUAGUACACGAAAUGAACGAGCAAAAAGUGAAUUAAGUAUUCCAACAUUAAAUUCAAUUGUUAAACGUGAUGAAGAAAAAUUAAAUCUAUUUCGAACAUUAAAAACUAAACAAAUUACAAUUGAAGAAAAAGCUAUACAACGUGCUCAUAUAAUUGAUGAAAAACCUAUACCAGAAUGCAAACCACCAGAAUGUCAAAAACAUUUCGAAGGUAUUCGUUUAUUUUUAUCACAUUAUGGUUAUUGUUCAUUAGAUUCAAUGAAUCAUUUAUUGAAUGGAAAACAAUGGAAUCAAUCAAAUACACUUGAUCAACUUCAGCCAAGAAUUAAAUUACUUGAUUCAAAUAUUCCAACAUUUAUGGAUGAUAUUAAAAUACUUGAUAAAAUUUCACCUACACUUUAUUGUACAGGACAAAUAUUUUAUUUAAAACGAGAUCAAAAUUCAAUUAAUGAAUCAUUUUUAAAUACAAAAACACCGGAACAAUUAAAUCCAGCUUUUUUAACAAUGAUAUCACAAUUUGGUUCGGUUGUUGAAAUUAAACGACAUUGUGGUUGGACAGGAAAUGUUGAAACAAGUUGGAAAACAGUUUCUGAUGCUCAAUCAAAUCAAGGACCAAAUUCAAAAAUAUUACACGAGAUCGAUGGCGAUGAUAGUAUUCUAUAUUGGGUAGAUUUAACAACUGAAAUGGCUUUUUAUUUACCUCAUCAAUUCUCUGCUGAUAGUCAUGGUUCUGAAAUGCGUAUAUUAAUUGUUUGGCUUGAACAAUUUCAUGAUGAUCUUGAUUCAAUCUUACCUGUUGCAGAACAACAAUCGAAAAGUCGUGAUAUAUCUAUAAUUGGUAUUCAUCCAUUAAAAAAUCAUCUAUUACGUAUAUCACUUAAUUCAAAUGCCCAACGAAUGCAAUCAGCAUGUGCUAGUAUUCCAUUGAUUGAUGGUAUGGUUAUACCAUUACAUAUAUUACCGUUUUUUCUUCGACAAGCUGUACAUAAUUUAAGUCGUCGAAAACGAUUAGAAGAUAGUCAAAUCUCGCAAACUGCUUAUUCAGUUCGUAAAAAUAAAAUAACAAGAAUUAUUGAUAAAUAUCAAAAUCGAAUAAAUAAUAAUCUUGAUGAAUUUUUUCAAAAUAUAUUCUUUUCUUCUUCUUCGACAACAACAACAAAACAACAACAACAACCGAUUGUCACUCAUUCAACAUCACGUCCGAAUUCAAUGAUAGUUGUGCAAUCGUAG